CAGCGGUCAGCACAGCCUUCCCUAACUAUCUCGUCAAUCGUCAGCUGCACUGCAAUCUGUGGUCGCAACGCAACGUCCCCCGUCGUGGCCGCGUGCUAUCUUCCUCCUCCCUCCCUCCUUGCCGCACGCGUCAAACCUUGCAAAGAGAGUUCGGUCGACGGCGCCAGCCGGCGAUGGCAGCGCCGCGCCACCGCCAGGGCCACAUUGCGCAGUGCCUUGGCAGGAUCCUCGCCUGCCGCGGCAGCGCCACCGCCGCCGUCGCUGCCGGCCCAGGCGGCCGACGGCUCACCGGCGCGGAGUUCGUCGACGGCGUGCGGAGCCUGGCCGCUGGCCUCGCCGACCGCGGGGUGCGCCCUGGCCACGUCGUCGCCGCCGUCGCCCUCAACAGCGUCGAGUACGUGCAGCUGUUCCUCGCCGUCACCUACGCCGGAGCCAUCAUCGCCCCUCUCAACUACCGCUGGAGCUUCGAGGAGGCGGCGCAGGCGGUGGAGCUCGUGCGGCCGACGGCGUUCGCCUUCGACGGCGCGUUCAGCUCCUGGGCGCUUCGGCUGAUGGAGGGCGACAGGUUCCCAUCCAUCGGCCUCUACCUCCUCCUGGGCGAUCCUUGCAGGACCGGCCGCGCUGCUGCAGCUGUACCCAUUACCGACGUCACGGGGAGCCUCGGCGGAGCUACGGCAGCGGCGGCGAUGGAGCCCGUGUCGGCUCCAGACGACAUUGCUCUAAUAUGCUUCACAUCCGGAACCACGGGGCGGCCCAAGGGCGUAGCGAUAAGCCACACGUCCUUGAUCAUCCAGUCCCUCGCCAAGAUCGCCAUUGUCGGCUACGGCGAGGACGAUGUUUACCUGCACACAGCGCCUCUGUGCCACAUCGGAGGGGUCUCGUCGUGCAUGGCAGUCCUGAUGGCCGGAGGCUGCCACGUCCUGGCGCCGAAGUUCGACGCCAGGUCGGCGUUCGCCGCCAUCCAGGAGCACGGAGUGACCUGCUUCAUCACCGUCCCCGCGAUCAUGGCUGACCUGCUGUCCUACGCUCGGAAAGAGGAGAUGGCGCCGGGCUGCGGGAGGACGACGGUGACCAAGAUUCUGAACGGCGGCGGCGGGCUGCCGCUCCACCUCGUAAACGCAGCCUCGCAAUCCUUUCCUCGGGCUGCUAUUUUCUCAGCUUACGGGAUGACCGAGGCCUGCUCGUCUCUGACGUUCAUGGCCCUCACCACGCCAAAGCUUCAAGAGCCGGAGCCGGAGCCGGAGACCCAACCGUGCGGCCACCACGGAGGUGUCUGCGUCGGCAAACCGGCGCCGCACGUUGAGAUACGGAUCGGCAUGGAUGACGACGGCACCACCGCCGGUUCUUCGCCGACCGGGAACGUCUUGACCAGAGGCUUGCACACCAUGGUUGGCUACUGGGCAAACGGCAAGGCGGACUCAUCCGAGUGUGACAGGAACGGAUGGCUUGACACCGGAGACACUGGGUGGGUGGACGAGGAGGGUAAUCUGUGGCUCUUGGGAAGGCACAAGGGCCGCAUCAAGACCGGAGGCGAAAAUGUUUACCCGGAAGAGGUUGAAUCGGUGCUGUCCCAGCACCCCGGAGUGGCGAGAGCUGUGGUGGUCGGCGUGCCGGAUAGCCGUCUCGGGGAGAGAGUCGUUGCGUGUGUCAGCGUCAAGGACGGCUGGAACUGGGUGGAUGCGAGAGCUGAGCACGAGCACCGAGGCGGAGGCGAGGAGGUGUCUCCUCAGAUCCUCCAUGGCCACUGCAGGACGAAAGAACUGAGCAGAUUUAAGGUGCCAAGGUCUUAUUACCAGUGGAGGCAGCCAUUUCCGGUGACCACGACGGGGAAGAUCAGAAGGGAGGAGCUGAAGAGGGAACUCCUGGCAGCAAUUCGACUGCCCAGCAACCUGUAGCUUUUUGAGGCGAUGAUCUGUUUUUGGACCAAAUCUUGGUUCAGUUCGACUCCGAUUGAAGUCUUCUGUUUUUUUUGGUCUGUAGGUGCUUUUAGCUUUUACCUGGUUGGAGUUUAAGAUGCGAAAAAAAGAGCGUUUGAUUAUUGGAAACCUGUAACAUCCAUGACUUUUCUUCACCUUGACAAAAGAAGUCGAGUCAAUGGCAAGUCCCAUGAAAUUCAGAGCA